AUGCGUUUAUCUCCAGUAGACAGGAUUUUCACAAGGAUUGGAGCGAAUGAUCGCCUCAUUUGCGGUCAGUCAACCUUUUUUGUUGAGCUGAGAGAGACGUUGGUGAUUUUGCGAAAUGCUACCAAGCACUCUCUUGUCCUUAUAGAUGAACUGGGGAGGGGUACAAGCACCUUUGAUGGCACUGCUAUUGCAUCAGCCGUUCUAUCGGACAUAUCUCGUCGCAUUCGAUGUCGCUCAUUCUUCUCUACCCACUAUCAUUCACUCUGCAGAUCAGCUUCUGUCAAUCCCAAUAUCGCCCUGGCACAUAUGGUAUGUCUACAUCAGGUAUCAUGUAAAUAGAA